AGGUUCAUGGUCCCCUCAUCGUUCCCUAUACCGUUCGACUCACUGAUAUUACUGAUUUUCUCCCUCCCCAACAAACUUUGAUCAUUCAUCUUUGAAGAUUGAUUGCUUUUUACCUAAAUUUCCUUGUUUGUUCUUUAUCGUAUCAAUUAAGACACUACUAGUAACUAGUAGUGUUCGGAUCUUCCUUCUCCCCUAACGUGAACAUCUUCCUGUACUUGUGUCCUCUUCCUGAUUUCUACCUCCAAAACACCUUUUUUUCGAAAUCAUUAGCCUCUCAUGUCAGAGGCAGGUGUAGAGGAGGUGGCUGCCAUGCCAAUUGUUGAAGAGGCAAUGGCCGCGCCUGGAGAAGCUGCAACAGAAGAAGGCGCGGCUGAGGCAGAAGCUGUGCCUGCAGAUGCUGACGAACCUCUAGCUACUGACGUUGCUGUGGUUUCCGAAGAACCUGCAACGGAAGUAGGCGCGGUUGAGGCGGAGCGCCUUGCGGAAGAAAAACUUGCCGCCACUCAGAUAGAGGCUGUCAUUACUGAAGAAGCACCAGCUGGAGCUGAAGAAGCACCAGCGGCAGCUGAAGAAGCACCACCGGCAGCUGAAGAAGCACCAGCGGCAGCUGAAGAGACAGCUGCUAACGCUGAAGAGACACGUGUGGCUGCUGAAGAAGCAGCAGCUGCCGCUGAAGAAGCACCUGCUGCGGAAGAGGCUGUCAUUACUGAAGAAGCACCGGCUGCAGCUGAAGAAGCACCAGCUGCAGGUGAAGAAGCACCAGCUGCAGCUGAAGAGACACCUGCUAACGCUGAAGAGACACCUGUGUCUGCUGAAGAAGCAGCAGCUUCCGCUGAAGAAGCACCUGCUGCGGAAGAGGCUGUCAUUACUGAAGAAGCACCAGCUGCAGCUGAAGAAGCACCAGCGGCAGCUAAAGAGGCACCAGCUGCAGCUGAAGAGACACCUGCUAACGCUGAAGAGACACCUGCUAACGCUGAAGAGACACCUGCGACCGCUUAUGACACACCUGUUGCCGCUGAAGAAGCACCGGCCGCUGCCCGGGAGCCCCUGAGCCAGGAGCGUGUGGCUGUUGAAGAAGCGCCUGCUGGUGAAGCCGCCCCGGCUGUUGAAGAAGCGCCUGUUGGUGAAGCCGCCCCGGCUGUUGAAGAAGCGCCUGCUGGUGAAGCCACCCCGGCUGUUGAGGAAGCGCCUGCUGGUGAAGCCGUCCCGGCUGCUGAAGAGGCGCCUGCUACUGAAGCCGUGCCGGCUGCUGAAAAGGCCGCUCCGGAAAUCGAAGCAGAAUUACCACUCCCAGCGGGCGAGACAGCAGAACCUGAGGAAGAGGCUGCCGCCGAGCAUCCGGAGGAGUCUGCCCCGGCAGUUGCGGAAAUCUCGGAGGAGGUCGCGGAACUACAAGAGACAGGCGUGGUAGAGGCUACACCUGUGGAGACUGAGACUACUCCUAUGGAGACUGCUGUGGAUACCGGAGACGCUCAGGAGAUGUCUGCGGACGCGUUCCUCGGAGAUGAAACCGCUCCUGUGGAAGAGGGAGUGGAAGAAUCAACUUCGUCUUCUUCGACGCGCAGGCGACGGGCAACGUCAGGGGUGGACAGUCAGAUGGAGGAGUCCAAAGCGCGACUCGACGAGUUAAUGGCCAGGGAGAUCCGUCCUUCCACGCCGGAUUCCUUGGCUCGUGCGCGCGCUGAGGCCCAGGCGGCAGAGACCACCAUCAUUCUUGAGCAACUCCCGGCGGUUGAGACGGUGCCGGAGCUUCCGGCAGUGCCGGAGGACACCGUCAUGCCAGUGGCGGAGGAAGAGGAUGCUUUGAUGGCUACUGUGUUGAGCGGAGAGAAUGCUGAUAGCGCCACUGCGUCAAACCGUGUGCGCACUGCGCGCGAGAUCAACGAGGACAUUGCUUCGCGCUCGCGCACGCCGAGCGACAAGCCUCGGCCGGAUUCUCGCCUCUCGCAGGGCAGCUCCCGCCGACCGGGGAGCUCCUCGGCCGAGUCUGUGCGCGCCAUGAAGAGCGCGUUCCACGAAGCCCGCGACUUUGGUCCCAAGGAGAAGGAGCGUCAGCACGUGAUGGGCGCAACUAUCCUGUUCAAGGACAUUGCCAACAUCGUGGACAAGAAAUACGUGAAAGACCAGAUCCCUCACACACAGAUCGGUCCUGUAACGAAGGUGCUGUCCAACGAGGAACAAGAGAAGCUUGAUAAGAAAAAGAGCAUCCUGGAAAUGAGGAGGAAAGCACUAGCAGUUCACGACAAGAAGACUCCGCAGUUGGCAAGCAUCUCGGCGCAAUUCCUGAAGGCAAAAAAGGUCAAGGAAGUCGGACCCAACCACGGCCGCAUUCGCGAAGCCGCGCUGGAGUCGCAGGUAAGUAACUAGAUGUAGAUUCUUUUGUGCCAGAUUUUUAUACAUAGUUCUUGUUGCGAGAAGAUGACAAGGAGUAAGAUUUAGAAGAUAAUUAUCUUAAAUCAAAGAUAAAAACAGAAGGACGAGUAUUGCUAACACGUAAGUACGUGAAUAGCUAUUUGCUCUCAAAUGGUAGUAGAAAAUCCAAAGUAUUCUCUAUAACUCAAUACCGAAAAACACCUAUCUCCAUCGCCAUUAGGCGCAACUGUCGGUGUUGACGGCAGCGUUGUCGGACGAGGGUGGAUCAGUGCACAUGAUCGCUCAGCUUCUCGAGGAGCAGCGAAGGAAGAACCGCGAAGCCGAGGCCGCCAACGAUCCAGCUGUGAUCGCGCGUGCCGAGUUGUCGAAACAGAUCACUGCUCUUUUGGACGUCGCCCAGAGUGAGCUUACUUGCCGCGCUAUCCGUGCCAUGAACGAAGCGCUGAUCAAGGACCCGCGAGACAAAAAGAGCAUGUUCCGCAAGAUGCUGAUCGCAAAACUGGGAUCGGUUGAGGGCAUCAUCAAGGCCUACGACAACAACGGAAACGGCGACAUCUCCUUCACCGAGUUCGAAGCGGCAACGAAGAAAGUCCUUACCUUGGCGGAAAUCGACACCUACGUGCUGUUGACAGCAUUCAACGGCUUCUCUCUGAAAAAACUCUUCAACAUCUUCGACGAAUCUGGGGACGGAACCAUUGAUACGGUAUCUUUCUUUUUCUGCCCAUGCUCCCUGUUUCUGAGAGCUACUUUACUGUUUUGAAGUUUACUUGUCGACGACCAGCUGCGUGUCGUGGAUUAGUAGAAUAGUCAAUCUCAAUCCCUAUCUACCACACAACAUUAGAGAUUAUGCCAAAAGUUUAAGUUGAUACGUGUUUUCUUCACGAACUUACGAACUUCCUUCCUUUAGGUGGAGUUCAUUGCUUUCCGCAGUACGGACAUUGUGCAGGCGGAGUGGGAGAGCUUAAGCGUGAUGCAGAAGUGGAAGCUGUACUGUAAGAAGACCUCGGAGUGGAACAAGGAGAAUGAUACGAACAGCCGCCAGCAAAGGAAGAAGCAGAAGGAGAUUGAGCGCAUGUUUGCCAGGAACCUAGCAGAGGAUCGUCGCGAUGUUGGCCGGAAGCGCAUUCGCGAGUUGUAUAAACUGGGGGAAACGAAUCCGUUCAAGUUGGCACCCUACAUCCGCAAGGGCCUGAAGGGCAAGGAGCGCAACGCGGUGGUCUCCCUGACGCCAGCUGAGGAGUUGGCCUUCCACAACUCACGACAGAAGAAGGACGAUGCCGCUUACCUGAAAGAAAACCAGCGAAAGGUCGAAACUGCGAUCCGGCACAUGUCCUUGGGCGACCGGCAACUCGGCGCGACCCGCGAGUCAUUGACCCAGUGUGUGGAAGAAGCCGAAGAAGAACAGGAACGAGUAUAUUUUUUUACUACUUAUUUUCUUCUAGUCAUCUACUGGGUGUAGAUCUAGUUCACAUGUUCAAGCACUGUGUCUUCUCUCUUCUUCAAAGCAUAUUAGUCAUGGACUCCAUCUUCAUCCCUCGUCCUAUGAUGAAUUUUCAGGCAAAGGAAGCUGAGGAGGAACGGCAGGCCAAGGAGGAGGUGAAGCCUCAGGAGGGGGAGAAGACGAGUGCCCGACGAAAGAAGGACUUGCCGGAAAUCUCGUUGCGUAUGGAAGGCGGUCGUUUGGACCGCUACCGCGUGGAUAACCGCACUUUGCUGAAGCAGGGUCGACCGGAUCACAAAACUUUGCCCCACUUCUUCGAGGAAGCCAGAGUCAUCUCCGAAAAAGAGAUCGCCACUCGAGACUUGGCGAAGGAGCACAACAUGCCGAUCGUCGAAGUCGACAAGAUUCAGGUAACUACUAUGCAAUAGAUUUACUUACAUCUUUCAAAGAACAUGAACGAUACUUUCAGAUGAAAUAGAAACGAUGAAGCAAAUCAAAAUCUUCUAAAUCAUCUUCAUCUUGUGCAACAGAACUCUCUCUAGUAUCUCAAUCUCGAUUUGUACUAUCCGUUUGACCUCCGCUACAACAACAACUACACUUUUGGUCGGCACCUUGCGUGUAGACGUAGCAAAGGCACCCUAUCCUAUCCUAUCCUAUCCUAUCCUAUCCUAUCCUAUCCUAUCCUAUCCUGCUACAGGUGGUGUUUGAUUUUUACGAUGAGGAUGGCAGUGGUGAGAUGGAGAGCGAGGAGUUUUUCCAGUUGCUCCACGUGCUGACAGCCGGAGCGGAGAUGACGGAUAAGAAGCGCCAGGAGUACUGGCGGCAGCUGGACUCCGAUCAGAGUGGCAGUGUGACCUUUGAUGAGUUCUUGGUGUGGUACUGGCGAUUCUUCGGUGCCCCAUCCAUGUCCAAGAUGGUGCAAUCGAGACGCAUGAUGGCUGCUGAGAAGGCGGCCGCAAGCACUCCGGAACCCGCUGCGGCUGCUCCUGUGAAGGCAUAAGUAGACUAACGUGUACUGUGAACAGUCAACAACAUCGGAUUCGGAUGUUCUCAUGGAAAAGACGCAGAGAAUUAAGGAAAUGGAAUGAAGUGCAGCACGACUUCGUGGAAAGCGCAGAACGACUUCGUGGCCACUUCUAGAAAGCAACAUAAACGACAUACUCAUCAUUAAAAGCUACCGAAUUUUAGAACAAAAAAAAAAGUGUUAACCUGUAAAUUUCGCAAAUCAUUUCAUAUCUUCAGAAAGAAUUUAGGUACCAAGUAGCAAGUUACGCACUCGUGGCUUCAGCAUGGUUGGCGCGUGGCCACGAUAAUGCAAUGAAACAGAUAGAUAUACGGAUUAUAGUAUGAUUAUUUUGGAAAGAAUUACGAACAUAGCGUCUUCACGCAUCUACUAAGUAUAAGUAAUGAAAAUCGGUUGACUAAUAUUGAAAAAUAGUUAUAAUUAAGGAUAAUGUAAUCAACUUCUAGGGGAUCGAUUGGAAAUGCCACGCUGUUGUGGCAGUAAUUUAUCUUCUUAGAUGAAAUUUGGAGUGAAAAUUCCAAGGACUGUUGAAUGUACACACAGGGAAGACUACAGUCUGAAUGUACACAACGAGGACUACAUUCUUAAAAUGUACACAGCGAAGACUACAUUCUGAAUGUACACAGCGAAGACUACAUUCUGAACAAUGUACACAACGAAGACUAAAUGGGGAUAGCGGGAGAAAAUGAUAAUAUAAAUCUGAUUUACCAUCUUUUAGUUUAGGAAAGACAUGCUACUUAGAAUUACAAAUAGAAAAAUGAAAUAGGUCAUUGUGUAAGUUCUCUGAGAAAUAGUGAAUAAGCAAAGAAAGACAUGAUUUGCUAAAAGGAUUCUAAUCGGGACGAGUGAGGCGUCUAUAUUAUAAUGCAUUUUAUCAUACAUCCAAUGGAAAUUGAUCCAUUCUCAGCUCUUCCUUACGCUGCUGGAGACUGGAUGCAGG